AUGAGUUCUUCAAAGCAACCAGCGCGGUGGGAAGCCCAACCGCGUAAACCCGGCGCACGCGCUAGCGCAAGCCGACCCGGAGAUACGUCAAACAGCAUCCAUCCGUCCGGGGGCCCUGUCCCGGGGGCCCUGUUAGCUAGUAACGCCCCGGGGCCGUGCGGACGCCCGGAGUUACACGGCCCCGGGGCGCUAAAGUGUAAGCUAGACCAACUAUUAUUAAGGGAGCGGAGACACGACUCAUUUAGCAACGGCUUGGCUUCUCUACUUACAAGAAAGUUUAAAAAAAAUAAAGAGAGAGAUAGAAAGGGAAUUAAGGCGAAGGCGAAGAUUGCGAAACUGGCCAAUGCCCACUACUUGUUUGGCUGUUUGGUUAUUUGUUUGUUUGCUUGUCUAUUUGUGGCAUCUUCCCCACUUCACAUAAUUACGAACCGUCGUGUGUAUAGGCAUAUAUAUACAGACAUAAAUCUUACAAUUACAGUUGUAUCUUGGGCCUUGUGUAGAUUGUUUAUAUAUAACAUUGUAAUAUAUUUGUAUGUACAACACUCAUAUAUAUAUAUAAGACAAAGCACCCUCCACCACCGAUAA